CUUGCACUGGGCUAACAUUCUCCUCAGAUCAACCUCCCAAUCCCAGCAAGGCUCUUCAGAUCAGAUCAGGUGGGAUGGCAGAUGAGUCUUUUGACCUAUCCAUAAGUGUCGACCUACCGGCCCCUAAUUUUGGACAGAGUGACACUGGAAAGGAGCAGGAAGAGCGAAAUGAUGACGUUGUUGUGGACAUUAUAAAUGAUCGGCUGAACAACAGAGGUAUUGAUAAUGGAAAGGAUCGUAAGCCUUAUAAACCAUCUUUGGUAUCCAUUGGGCCCAAGUACUCUAAAGAGGUUAAUGAAGUUAAGGACAAGGAAUACAAGACUAUGUAUAUGAAGUCUUUUCUCGAAAGGGCAACAGAACAAGCUGAAGAAGAAGAGUAUCGGGAAUACCUUAGGAAUCCAGAUAUGAAAUUGAUGGACAAAGCCCGAAAUUAUUACAAGGAAAUUGGAAUUACCUGCCCCCAUAAUGAUGAAGAGUUGGUAGAAAUGUUGGUUCUUGAUGGUUGCUUUGUGGUGGAUUUUGUUCUGAAAUGCAAGGAAGGCGGCAAUGGUGAUCCCCGCCGUAGCGUUGAAGGGAAGAAAGCUCGUGAAGACAUGCUUCUGUUCGAGAAUCAACUCCCUUUCGAUAUCCUUUCUGCCAUUUAUAAGAAAAUGACUACUGGUGAUAGUGAAGAAGUUCCUAGUUUCGUAAGACUGGUGAAGUUCGCUUUUGCCUCUUUAGCACCAAAGUUUACCAUUAAUAACUUUCAUGAUGACGAUAAACCUCAACAACCCAUGGAUCUACUCCAUGUUGUCUACACUCUUUGUCUUCCGAGCAAAGCGGAAACCCUAAUUUCCCAGGCCGCAGAAGGGAAAGAAGAAAAUAUGUGGCUAAAAUUAAACCAUAUGAACAGUGCCACAGAGCUUAAAGAGGUUGGAGUUAGGUUUGACAAGAUUGGGCAAGUCUUCAAUAUGCCAAAGAAAUAUGGAAAACUUCCAUCACCCGAAUAUAGCGGUGCCAUUAGCUUGUUCGAUAUAACCUUUCGUAAUGGGGUAAUGAGCAUACCUUCUUUUAAAGUGGACAACUUCACUGAACUAUUCUUUCGAAACAUGAUCGCCAUGGAGCAACGCUGUGAGAGACUAAACCCCAAAUACUUCACCGAUUAUGCGAGGUUGAUGGACCACUUAUUGGACACCAAUAGAGACGUGAGUUUGCUCCGAAAGAAUGGAAUCAUUCAAAACCUCUUAGGUGAAGAUAGGAAGGUGGCCUAUAUUUUCAACAACCUUAGUGCUGAGGUAGAUACUUCCACCAACUUCUAUUUUGCAUCAGUGUACAAGGAUGUGGAUGAGCAUUAUUCUCGCUAUAACUAUAAUUAUUAUUCGAAC